AUGGAGAAAUGCAUAUUCUGCACGAUGUAUCAGAAAGGCAACAACAUCAUUUACGAGACAGCCAAAGCUUUUGUACUAAUGGAUAGGUAUCCCUUGUCAAGAGGGCAUUUCUUGGUUAUACCAAAGGCACAUCAUGCCUAUUUCCACGAGUAUGAGCCUGAGGAAUUAUCGGACAUACUUGGAACCAUCAACCAUCUUAUUCAAAAGUUCGGUAUUGAGAAAUAUAACAUUCUUCAAAACAACGGGAACCAUCAGGCCGUUUUUCAUGUACAUUUUCAUCUAAUUCCAUUUGUCUCCAGCAGUGAGCGAUUGAAAAUCAAUUGGGAAACAAUGUCCCUCAGUGACGAGGAGUAUUCAGAGAUUGUCAAGGAAGCAAAGCUUAAAGCCUCUCUGUGA